UCUUGCUGCUGCUGAAUCUAAAUGGCCUUUCGUAUCUAUGCAUCACGUCAUUUGACCGGGAAAAUUCUGGAGAAUCGCGUGGCGUUUGCGCAGGCAGUCGACUCCAGCUUUUUUCGGAGCCCCGCUAAUCGACGCAGCAUACGAGCUUUCGGUUCAAGGCAGUUCCCGCAGAGUGGGCAAUACGACAGCUCCAAUAACUGCAUUCCACCUGCGAAGUAUCACAAAAUGGUGAAUCUGCCACGAAGGAGGAGGAGCAGUUGCUUUAUGGCACAUAAGCUCAAAGAAGCUGCCCGGAUGUCGUCUACGGUGAACACUACAGACUCCUAUUUCAGACAGGUCGAAUUCUUGCAUUAUACCAUCGACCCUGAAGGGAUGCGCAUUAGUGGAGCAGGGUUCGUUCGCCUGGACAAGCCGUUCAUUGUCUCGAUUGUGGGUGCGCUGAUAACAUUCACAAUAAUCCUGGUGCAGACGGGCGACGAACUAACUCAUCGCUUGCGUGAUAAAGCUGCGUCUACGGCAUCGUAACAUAAAUGGCAGCCACUUAUAAGUCCUCAGUAGAAUUCGGCGGGGGCCAUACGUUACUGAACUCACCACGUCUAAGUGUGCUCAAUAUAGAGCUUACUGUUAAAAAGAAAGUGGUGCGUAAUGAUGAUUAGUCACCACUUAAGCGUUGCCGUGUAACAAGCCAGAGCAGAGGGCUACCCGCAAGCGCAUAGAUAUUUAUCUAUAAUUUGGUUCAAGGAAGCACUACAAACGAUCUUCUCUACUGCACUUUACUAAGCACCAUUAUAUCGUGAGGAUGUGGCCAUAGCAUGGUAUUGCCAGUGAUUUUCAAGAGUGCGCUAAAACCUUGCAAGCAAACUCAUAGAGGAAUGCUCGCAUAAGCUUGCUUGCUUUUGUGUAUAUAUCACACAUUCCUUCUCAUUCUACCCUUAAGUGGCUGUUGGAAAUUGGUUAUAGCGUAAUGUUACAAUUCUUUUUUUCAAUUCUGUAAUGCUGCUCCACAGAUAUUUUCGGUGUUCUAUUUUUGUCACAGUUUGCGCUCUGUUUUCAUGUUAUGAUUGUCCGUUGCCCAAUGCUCCAUAUAGAAGCUUGUAUUUUUUGAU